AUGAGCGGCGGCCGAGGUCCGGCGUCGACGCGCGCGCGCGAUGGCCUCGGCGGCGGACGCGGCGGAGGAGGACGAGGAUCCGGCGCGGGCGCAACGUCCGAUCGCUUCAAGCGCCGACGAACGACGCCGAACGCGAGGGACGGCGACGCCGCGCCCGCGCCACCCGGCGCGUACGCGCCCGCGCCGCCGUUCAACGACGCGGAUCCCGCGGUGGACUCGCGCCCGGACGCGACGGACGCGGACGAGCGCGUGAAGACGCGCGGGCGGCGCAUGUUCGCGGGCCUCCUCGGCACGCUCCGACGACACCGAGAAGACGAGAAGAAGCUGAGCGCGGUGACCGCGCAGAGGAACGCGAUCGUGGAGCGCGUGGAGACGCGCGCGAGGGAGGAGUCCGAGGCGCUCAUCAGGCGACAGCGGGGGGGGCACGUGAAGAGGAGGGCGACGGCGGAGGCGGCCAGGGCGAGGCUCGACGUCGAGAUGUGCGAGAGAGAGCUCGAGCUGGUGCCGCUGACGGCGGCGGAGCGCGAGGAGAAACUCGAGGGCGGCGCGCUGCGGACGGUCGCGGAGAAUAAGCCCAGGGUGUAUUACAAGCCAAAGAAGCACACGGAGGCGACGGAGAGAAAGGCGAACGAGGCGGUGGAGGAGGUGCGAGCGUGGAAAGAGAAGCAAGAGAAGUACCUGAGGGAAAAGAUCGAGAGGAUCAAAGAGGCGCUGGCGCACAAAGAGGCGAUGAUCGAAGAGUACGCGGCGUACGACGACGACGACGAGGAGGAGGAGGAGGGCGACGCCAUGGACGACGCCGUGGACGACGCCGUGGACCGCGGCGGCGACGGCGAGGAGGAGGAGGAGGAAGAGGGCGAGGUUGGGCGGAACGCGAACGACGCGGCGUCCAGACGUCGCGCGCGAGGCGGGAAGGAGGCGGAGACGACGACGCGCGAGGACGACGACGAGGAAAUGGGUGAGAUCGAGGAGGCCGCGGACCCGGAGGGGCUCGAGGAGGUUCUCGGGAAGUGA